AUGCUACUGCAGGAGCCCAUUGAUGUUUCGCACGCGCAAGCUGGGAAACUGCUCACCAAGGCCCACGCCCUGAGAGGGGUGUACAGCAAGCUGCUCAAGGGGGUGUCGAAGCGACAAGCCUUCGAGGAGUCCGCAGAGUUUCUCCAGGUGUCAGUGGGCACCAUCAAGCAGUGGGAGCUCGAGUACCGAACCAAGGGCCGUAUCGUGACGGGGAGACACGCGCGACGUUGGAUCCUGAGCUUGGACGAGGGGCUUCUCGCUGUGAUCCGCUUCUACAUCCGCAACAACGCCGUCAAGAACGGGGAGCCGAACAUGACCGCUCAGACGUUCUGCGACUACAUCAACAAGGUUAUUUUGCCGGAGAUCGCUGCGACCAAGGCAAACGGGUACGACCCCUUCAAGCACGCGCCCGUGACGAAGAUCAAGAACGCCAAGGGUGAAGUCGUGUCGUACGCGAUCACCGAGAGCACAGCGCGGUCCUGGCUUCACAAGCUGGGAUGCUCCUACCGCGACAUGCAGUCGGGCCUGUACUUCGACGGUCAUGACCGUGAAGACGUGCUGAAGUACCGGGUCGAGACGUAUCUCCCCGCUUACUUCGAGCAUCGCGACUACACGGAGAUCUGGAUCGACGCGAGCAUGGAGGAAGUUCGAUCCUGGGAGGUGGAAACGCAGCCGAGGGACAUGAAGGAGGACGGGCGUGUUUGGGUUUGCGUGCAUGCCUUCGCAGAAACCCUCUCCGAGUUCCAUCCGGAUCUACGAGCGAGGGUCACCAGCAAGAAAAAGUACGCCGAUGGCAGAAGAGCGAUAUUUUGCUACCAGGACGAGUGCAUCUACAGGGCCCACGACGGGGAGAGCAAGGCGUGGUGGCCGCCGAUGAUGCACGGGCUGAAAAAGAAGGGAGAAGGACAGGGCAUCAUGAUUUCCGGCACCAUCGUGGGCGACGUCGGAUUCGUCGAGGGCACUCAAGACGACAUCGACAAGGCCCAAGAUCUGCGGCGCGAGCGCUGCCGCAUUUCGGAGGAAAAGCACGCAGCAGGUGAUCACACCAGGCCGGAAAAGUACCGCGACAUCAACAUGCUCUACUUCGAGGGCGAGGGCGACGACCGCAAGUUCUCGACGUACUACAAGUUCGAGUACGGCAAGAACAAGGAGGGCUACUGGACNAAGUUCUGCAGGAAGGUGGCCAACUUCCACGCGGUGUACGACGCCGGGCUUACGGGCGCCGAGGCGGUAGAGGCGCAAGAGAAAUGCAAGUCGCACCGUAAGCCAGCUCCAUCCGAGUACAUUAACCCCAAGUAG